AUGUCGUCAGCGAAUUGGAGGGAGUUGGCUGACAAUUGGUUUGGUGCUUGUUUUUGUUCGUUUGGAGGUAUAAGUGAGAAGCUAGUGACGAGGUAUCUGAAUUCUCACACGUGUGCACAAGGGAUGUGCCUGUUGAGCUCUACAUCUGUCACGUUUAGCAAGGAUGAUCUUGUGGAAAGUGACUUUCCUGAGCGGUGUGGACAGCUACACGGGUGUGGUUAUGUAGCCGAUGAUUUUGGAAUUGAUGUUGUUAGUGAAGGCGUUGGGAAUUUUAGGCUGAAUGAGGAAAGAACUUCAAUCUGCAGUGAUGCUUGUGAAAUGAACUGUGCUUUUGAUGAGAAUGUAAAGGUUGCCCAUCCUGAGAAAUUUUUGAAGUUUCAUUCUUUUUAA